AUGAGUCUUCGCCUGUCAAAGUUCACGAGUGUUUUGGCAAAAACAGAUGGGAGACAUAAGACAUUUUCGGAAGAUGAAAAUCUACCAAGUUUACCACUCCCAGACAUACAACACACAUUAAAUCGAUACCUUGAUUCAGUCAGACCAUUCGUGUCUCAUGAAGAUUUUUCAAACACAUAUGAAAUUGUUAAAAAAUUCGAACAGGGACCCGGUUUGUUGUUGCAAAGCAAAUUAAGGAAAAAAGCAGAAACUGAAAAAAAUUGGAUUGAAAAAUGGUGGGAAAAUUGUGCUUAUUUGGAGGAUAGGAAACCCCUUUUGCAAACGAGUACAAUGAAUGCUGUUUUACCCAAGGACAUACUAUCCUGGACCUACGGCUCUGAAAUGGAUCAAAUUAAACAUGCAUCUCUUUUCGGAUAUCAUCUUGUUAAAUUUUGGAACGCACUUCGACGUGAAGAUUUGCCACCCACUCAAACAUCAGAUAAACAAACAUACUUCAGCAUGAAUCAAUAUAAAAAAUUAUUCAACACCGUUAGAAUACCGGGAGAGGAAAAAGAUUUUCUCAUGUGUUAUUUCAAAACAAUGACCGAAGGAACGUGUCCGAGCACCGUGAUAAUACUGUGUUCAGGAAGAAUAUUUUGUUUGAGCAUUCAAGUGAACAAUAAAAGUUUCAUGAGUCUUCAAGACUGGGAAGGAAAAAUAAAAACGAUAUUGAAAAUGUGUUCGAGAUCUAACAGUAAAAGUCAAUCGUUGGGAUUGUUAACGUGCGAUUUCAGGCAUAAUUGGUUUAAGAAUCGAAAGUAUUUACAAGAAGUCAGCGAAAAAAAUCGAGAAAUGUUGGGAAUAAUUGAAAAAAGUUUAUUCGUGCUCAUUUUGGACGAUGCGACGCCCGAUGUCGAUGCCGAAGUAUUGAAUUCAAACAUCGGUGAAAAUUAUAAAAAUAGAUGGGCCGAUAAAUCCAUGAACAUAAUCAUUUAUAAAAACGGUCGAAUCGGUACGCUCAGUGACCACACAGCAUUCGAUGGUAUCGUCGCAUUGGGUUGCCUUAAUUUUGUCGUCGCAUCUAUCGACGAGAAUAAAAAAGAAAAUCCGAAAUCGAAUCGUAAAAAUACUCAAAGUGUAACAAUGGACGAAAUGAUAUUCGAUUUGGACGAUAGAUUAAUAGAAGAAAUUAAUUGCGUUGAAAUCGAUACUGCCGUUUACAAAAACGAUGUUUUGAUGGGACAAUAUUUAUUCACGGAUUUUGGUAAAAACGAAAUACAAAGGAUGCAAUAUCAUUCGGAUACAUUCGUACAAAUGUGUUUGCAAUUGGCAUACGUCGCACUUCACGGUAAACCUGGUCCCUGUUACGAAACGGCAACAACGAGAAAAUAUUACAGGGGAAGAACGGAAACGUUGAGAGCGUGCACGAUCGAAUGUUUGGAAUGGGUGGCAACAAUGUUGGAUAACAAAUCGGCCAACGAAGAAAAAAAAAUAUUGUUGGAAAGAGCAUUUGCGAAACAUGAAAAAUUAAUGGCGGAAUCGAGGGAAAACAAAGGUUGCGAUCGACACAUGUUGGGAUUGUAUUGCGCCGCGAUGGAAGAAAAAAUUAAAAUACCAGAAUUUUUUUUAGAUCCCUCCUACACCAAAAGUGGCGGAAAUGGGAAUUUCGUACUGUCGACGAGUUGUACGGGUUACAGCUUGCUGGGAGGAGGCGUGGCACCAAUGUGCGACAACGGUUACGGAAUUUUUUACAACAUACUUCCGACGAGCAUAAAUUUCGUCAUGUCCGUAAAGGAAAACAACGAAGAAACAAACAUGUCAAAAUAUUACGAAUGUUUAAAAGAAUCGCUACGAAAAACUCGAGACGUUAUUUUAUAUUCGAAAAUGUCAAAACUUUAA